AUGGCCGCCACAAAGAAGCAGAAGUAUGAGAGAAUCUACGAGAAAAAACUGGCAACCACGCCGGAAGCUCUCUGUCGCGGCUACGCUGUUGAAUUCGAGAAAUACCUCCAGUACGCUCGUGACAUGGCCUUCGAAGCACCCCCCGACUACCUCUACCUUCGCCGACUGUUCCGCAAACUCUUCAAGAGCUUCGAUUUUGCCUGGGACAGCGUCUACGAUUGGACCCUCAUGAAACAAAAACCCGCUUCCAACAGUCAACAGCUG